UUUUGACAUCGUUUUGGUAUGUGUCCGGCGUUGUACACCCGGAGGCGUUAAAUUACGUGGGAUGUUGAGCAGACAGUGACGCUUUUCCAAAGGUAUUCCCAAUCCCUCAGCAGCUAUAAAACACCUGAAGCUCUCAACAGCAGUUCACAUUCACUUCAAGACUGCAAACGUAAACAUGGGCACAGAAUCAGAAAAUAAAUCCGUUCUUAAAGAGGGCUUUUUGGUGAAAAGGGGUCACGUGGUUCACAACUGGAAAGUACGAUGGUUUGUACUUAAACAUGACAGACUUAUGUAUUAUAAAUACGAGGGAGGAAAACGCGAUUCAUGUCAUCGAGGGACGAUACCACUAAACAACUGCACCAUCACCUGUCCUUACCUGGAGUAUGAGAACCGACCACUGGUGCUUAGGUUGCAGACCAGCACCUCUGAAGAACACUUCUUGGAGGCGUGCACAAGGGAGGAGCGAGACGAAUGGGCUGCGGCGAUUGGUAAAGCUGUACAGAAACUCAACCCACAAGAUGCACAGAUCCUAUCCCAAACACAAAAUAAAGGUUCAAAGUCCCUCCAACUUCACAAUAUCAAUCUAAGUCAGGUGGUCGAUUCCAUGUAUGAUGUGCACACUGGUAUUCGACUCUGCAAUCUUGUUGAGCAGGGCAGCACUUACACCAACUGUUUCUCAGGCUCAGCAGUGGUGGAUUGGAUUGUUUUUAAUAAGCUGGCUCUGACCCGUGUGGAGGCGGUAACAUUAUCUUCUGCACUCCUGGAUGAAGGCUCUCUGCGGCCUGUCGGAGUGAGAAGCGCAGAUGCUGUGCGUAACGCUGCUUUAGGAGAGCAGUUUCUUGAUGAUUCAACAGCACUAUAUUGCUUUUCUCAAAGCUUACAGAAGAAAGGUAGUGUGAAAGCAGAAAAGUCUGUGUCUGCGGUGGAGCUGAGUGGCAAGGUGGUAAAGAGAGGUUACCUGCUCAAACAGGGGCACAAGGUGAAGAACUGGAAGGUGAGAUUGUUUGUGCUGAGGGCGGAGCCUGCCUUUCUGCACUACUAUGACCCCAGCAAGGAUGACAUAACCCCAGUUGGCAGUAUAGCUUUGCGUGGCUGUCUGGUGUCGGCUUUGGAUGAUAAUGGCAUACCAUCAGGUGUUAAAGGUAAAGUACAAGGAAACCUCUUUAAGAUCAUCACUCAGGCGGAUACACACUAUUACAUCCAGGCUCCAACACAUGAGGAGAGAAUGGACUGGAUACAAGCUAUUAGACAAGUGGUUUAAUUGUCUCUACACUACAAAUUCAAAGUAACCAACUGACCCUAACUGGAUACUAUGUCAACUAAUUUUAUAUUUAAAAUCUAUAUGUGUUCUGUUUAACAAUUGCAAUUUUUUUGUGUAUGUACAAGCAAAAUAUGUAGUGUUAGAAUAAUAUGAAUUUUAAUAAAAAUAGUAAAUAAUUUAUUUUUAUAUAUUAGGAUAUGCAAGUGAGUUUAUACAUUCAGUGAAUGUCUGAUGAAAGAGAAAAUCUGUGUUUUUUGUAUGUGCUUUUUGUUAUCAUCAAUUUAAUGUAAAAUAAAGAUGUCUUCUUUGAA